AUGAUCAUGGGUAGCCCAAAGCUCCUUGCGACAGGCCAGCGGACCUCACGGCUACGGCAGGUUGUGGUAGUCAGUGUCGGACUGCUGGCGCUGUACGUGUUCCUGCGCAUGCCCGAGGCGAGUCUGGAUUCAUCACGGACCGUGUUGGAUGCCUCAUUUUCGUCGUCGUCCUCGGUACCGGGUGGCGACAGCGGUGCCGCGUUCGGGGCCGCGGGAUCGUCGCUCUCCGACGCGCUGCUCAACAACCGCUUCCUGACUGCCUCGCAGUGUACCGAGGCUUUCCCCGGUCUCACGAAGCAGAUCGACGAUGUUGUUACGAAGGGCACGUUCAAACUUGAGAAGAGCGGACCUCUAGGACCUCUGGUCGCGAGGAUCAAAGAUGGGAAGCUCUCCAUCCUCCAGCACGCCUCACGGAGCGACCUCUCGCGGGACAUGCUCGCGCACCGCACCGCAACCCUGCACCAGAUCCACAGCGCCCUCCUGACGUGGCCGCCGGGGGGCUCGGUCCCGGACACGGUCUUCGCCUUCAGCCACCACGACUCGCCGUCGGCGGGGACGUUCUCCUACUCACGGCCAGCGGACCCGGCGCGCAACGGGGCGGGGGCGCCCUACUUUCCGGUGCCGCACUUCUCGCACUGGGCGUGGCCACUGCCCUUCGUGAGGUCGCUGCCGCACGCGGCCGGGGCGAUCGCGGCGCUGGAGCGGCGGCUUGGCGGCUGGCGGCACAAGGAGCCGCGGGCCGUGUGGCGCGGCACGCCGCACUUCAACUCGCCGAGCACGACGUCGGCGCGGCUGCGGCAGGACCUGCUGCUGAGCGCGGCGGGGCGGCCGUGGGCCGACAUCGAGGCGCUGGCCUGGACGUCGGCCGGCCGCAACGCCAGCAACGCCCUGCCCAUCGCCGACUUCUGCCGCUACCGCUACAUUGUGCACACCGAGGGCAUCACCUACUCGGGCCGCCUGCAGUUCCACCAGCUGUGCCAGUCCGUGAUCCUGACGCCCCCGAUCAGCUGGAUGCAGCACACGUCGCACCUGAUCCGGCCCGUCUUCAGCAGUUCGCUCCCGGGAGUAGAGCGACGGCCGCGCGUGGGGAAGGAUCUGGGAGGGGGCGUGAAGGAGAAGGUGAGCCUUGCCACUUACCCGGCACCAUGGGUUCAGAUGGCCUGGGGCAAGGGGUCUGCGGCCGAGGAAGCCAACAUGGUGUUCGUCGCGCCGGACUGGAGCGAUCUUGAGAGCACCGUGCUGUGGCUUGAGAAGCAUCCGCGUGUGGCGGAAGGGAUUGCGAGACGACAACGCGAAGUAUUUCACGGGGCAGGUUAUCUGAGUCCGGCGGCGGAAAUGUGUUAUUGGCGCGCGGCGAUUCGAGGUUGGAGCCAAACGGUCGACUAUACUGGCCAGGGCUUCGAGGAGCUUGAAGGUAUUCCGUUCGAGGAGUUCAUCUUGACUGAAGCACAAAGAUGA